AGGAAGAAGAAAGUUAAAAUAAUAAUAAUAAAAAAACAGAUGGCUAAAUUCAUUGCGGUCUUUCUCGUAGUCAAUUUUUUAUUUGCUACUCAAUGUUUCCAUGCAGAGGAAUUAGAAAGUCCAUCACAGGCACCUGGAUUGCAGGGAGGAGAGGGUUCACUUCAUAUUGAAGACUGUCCGAAGGCUUGUAAUUACCGAUGUUCAGCGACGUCUCACAAGAGUGCAUGUUUGAUGUACUGUAACCUAUGUUGCGAGAAAUGUUUGUGUGUACCUUCGGGGACGUAUGGACACAAAGAAGAAUGUCCUUGUUAUAACAAUUGGAAGACUCAUGAAGGUGGACCAAAAUGUCCUUGAUAAACUAAACAAAAAUAUGAAGAAGGAAACAAUUAGAUGCAGGAAUCCUUUUUUAAUUUGUUUUAUCUGAAUUCUAUG